CAAACAUGGCGAUAGACUCGAGUGGACGGGGGUUUACGCUAACUUUAUUCGUCUUUUCUUGUGUUUUUGCGGGCAGGCAGGCCGAGGAAGUGCUGGCGGAGCCGAGAGUCACCCCCCGGAUACUCGGCAUGAGGCUGGAGACGAGCACGACUCCGGCUGGGACCACCGAGAGAGGGGUUAUUCAGGUGACCGAGGGCAGCGACAUCCAAUUCAGGUUCUACGGGCUCGACUUGCGCCCGAACACUUCGCGACUCAUCAAGUUCAUAGAAAUUUACUCCAGCGAUAAAGAGGAUGAUGAUUUCGGCACGGUUAUGUCCCCCUUCAAUAGGACUUGUCCCGAACUCACCAAGGAUAUAGAAGUAAAGGGGUCCAUGGUUGUUACCAACCAAAACACCUCCGGGGUGGUCAGCCUCCGGAUCAAGCAGCUCCGCAAGAGCGAGGUGGUGAAGGUGUUCGGCUUGUGCGUCCGUGACCCCCUGGAGAAGGAGGAGACGUGGUACCUGCUGGAUGACCAGGACGGCAGAGUGCGGGUGGUGGAGGUGGCGAAGUCGUUGCUGCCCAUCUGGCUGCAGGUGAUCCUCAUCUCCUUCCUGCUCGUGCUGUCCGGCAUGUUCAGCGGGCUCAACCUGGGGCUGAUGGCGCUGGACCCGAUGGAGCUGCGCAUCGUGCAGAGCUGCGGCACCGAGAAGGAGAAGAAAUACGCACGGAAGAUCGAGCCCAUCCGCAGGAAGGGUAACUACUUGCUGUGCUCGCUGCUCCUCGGGAACGUCCUGGUCAACACCACUCUCACCAUCCUCCUGGACGACCUCACCAAGUCCGGGGUCGGCGCUGUGGUCGCGUCCACAGUUGGCAUCGUUAUUUUUGGCGAGAUCGUCCCGCAGGCGCUGUGCUCCCGGCACGGUCUGGCAGUCGGGGCGAACACCAUCUAUGUCACCAAGCUGUUCAUGCUGCUAACUUUCCCUCUGUCGUGGCCCAUCAGCAAGAUCCUGGACUGCGUCCUGGGCCAGGAGAUCGGCACCGUGUACAACCGGGAGAAGCUGGUGGAGAUGCUGAAAGUCACCGAGCCGUACAACGACCUGGUGAAAGAGGAGCUCAACAUGAUCCAGGGCGCGCUGGAGCUCAGGACGAAAACGGUGGAGGAUGUCAUGACGCCCAUCAGCAACUGCUUCAUGAUCCACAGCGACGCCGUGUUGGACUUCAACACCAUGUCGGAGAUCAUGGAGAGCGGAUACACGAGGAUACCUGUGUACGAGCACGAGCGGUCCAACAUCGUGGACAUCCUGUUUGUCAAGGACCUGGCCUUCGUUGACCCGGACGACUGCACCACACUCAAGACCAUCACCAAGUUCUACAACCAUCCGGUGCACUUUGUCUUCCACGACACCAAGCUGGACUCCAUGCUGGAGGAGUUUAAGAAAGGAAAAUCCCACCUGGCCAUCGUCCAGAAGGUGAACAACGAGGGGGAGGGAGAUCCCUUCUACGAGGUGUUGGGGUUGGUCACCCUUGAAGACGUCAUCGAGGAGAUCAUUAAAUCAGAGAUUCUGGAUGAAUCGGAUCUUUACACUGAUAACCGCACCAGGAAAAAGGUGGCGCCCAAUAAGAACAAGAGAGACUUCUCUGCCUUCAAACACGAGAGCGAAUCAAAAGUGAAGGUCUCUCCUCAGCUGCUGCUGGCCGCCCAUCGCUUCCUGGCUACAGAGGUGAGCCUGUUCAGCCCGUCUCAGAUCUCAGAGAAGGUGCUGCUGCGAGUCCUGCGCCACCCCGACGUGAUCCAGGAGAUCAAGUUCAACGAAAGCGACAAGCGCUCGCCCCAUCACUACGUCUACCAGAGGGGCAAGCCCGUCGACUACUUCGUUCUCAUCCUGCAGAUUUACAAGCCAUCAAGAAAAUCCCACCUGGCCAUCGUCCAGAAGGUGAACAACGAGGGGGAGGGAGAUCCCUUCUACGAGGUGUUGGGGUUGGUCACCCUUGAAGACGUCAUCGAGGAGAUCAUUAAAUCAGAGAUUCUGGAUGAAUCGGAUCUUUACACUGAUAACCGCACCAGGAAAAAGGUGGCGCCCAAUAAGAACAAGAGAGACUUCUCUGCCUUCAAACACGAGAGCGAAUCAAAAGUGAAGGUCUCUCCUCAGCUGCUGCUGGCCGCCCAUCGCUUCCUGGCUACAGAGGUGAGCCUGUUCAGCCCGUCUCAGAUCUCAGAGAAGGUGCUGCUGCGAGUCCUGCGCCACCCCGACGUGAUCCAGGAGAUCAAGUUCAACGAAAGCGACAAGCGCUCGCCCCAUCACUACGUCUACCAGAGGGGCAAGCCCGUCGACUACUUCGUUCUCAUCCUGCAGGGACGAGUGGAGGUGGAGGCCGGCAAUGAGAACAUGAAGUUUGAGACUGGACCUUUCUCGUUCUACGGUGUCAUGGCGCUCAGUGCUCCCACACUGGUGGCUGCACCUCGUCCUCGUCACCUUUCCUUUAAGAGGUUUUCUCUGUUCUCUCGGUUGCCAGGUAAAACAGUUUCCUAUGACUCACUGAGGCCCCCUGCUGGAAGACUCACACCUACUGAGUUUCGUUCGCCGUCCCAUCUCAGCGGGUUGAACCGUACUGCCUCUCUGAGCGGAGCUGACCGGUCGGAGUCGCUCUCCGUCAGUGGCAGCAACAGCCAGCUCAACAACAGCAUCCCCUCGCAGCAGUACACGCCCGACUUCUACGUCCGAGCUCUCAGCGACUUGCAGUUUGUCAAGAUCACACGUGCCCAGUACCAGAACGGCCUGAUGGCGUCCCGUCUGGACAGCACGCCGCAGUCCCCAGAGAGCGGCCACAACACGAUCCGCCUGGAUCAGACCACUCCCCCCGCCACUGCCAACACCACCAUCACAGACCUGGGAGCGGACUCCACUCCGACGGAGAACGGACCGGACGAGACAACGCUCCUCCUCCUCAACGAGCAGAACUCACCGCACACAGCCAACCACCACAGCCAGCUGGAGAACAGCAUUUGACGCCCCGCCCCCCUGGCCCGACCCCCUCCAUACUCUUUGCACGCAUGCACUACUACGCUCGAAUGUAUGCUGAGGAGGGGAGGAGUGUGUGUGUGUUUGUGUGUAUGAGUGGGAAUGCAGACACACUGACAUAAAGAGACAAGCCAUGUGCGUGCAUAUUUUGUAAAUAUGCAGCAAUUAAACACACACACACACACACACACAUGCACACGUUUCCAUAGUAAACAGACUCACCACAAACCCAACACUCACCUAUGGUAGUUCAUCGACAGAACAGAGUGUCUGUACGUGUGUGUGUGUGUGUUUGUAUGUGUUUGCACGUGCUCCUUAAUGUAUUAACUGACGACAAAGAUCUGAAGGACCUGCUUGUCUGGACCAGGAUGCUCCUCCCUCUCAUGCCCAUCAACGUUUUUCAGAGGCCUCGCUGAUUUGCGAACCUCCUCCUCUGUGUGUGUGUUUUUAAAUGUGUAUGCGUGUGUUGCUUCCAAUCACUGUCCCUAAUCAGAGACUCAGGGAGACUCCGCCCUCUUCCUCCUCCUCUUCCUCCUCCCCUUUGCCGACGUACAUACAACAUACAUGCAAGUGUGGUCCAACCCGAAAGCCGCAAACCAAACCCACCGCCGCAUGUGUAGCAACCCGCGUCCCCUCCUCACCAUCCAUACAGCUAGAAGACAAAGACGACCCGAGCAUGUCAGCGGAGUUCAAACAAAGUAAUAUAUGUUCCGUAGAAAUUUAUAGUGAGAUAUUUAUUGAUGAAUUCUGUGUGAGACGGACUCGUGUUUCGAGGGGGGAGGCUUUGAGGUGGAUUUCUUUUAUAAAUUUUUUUUUCCUUCUUGUUUCCUGGAUAGAAGCAGUAAGUAGCCGAGAGCCUUUAUCCCAGAGUUGUUAAGAGAUUUAGCAGCAAUAGACAGCCAGUCUGUAUCAUGAUUAAGACAAUCAAUAUGAUGAUUAUGAAUGUGUUGAAUUAAAUGUGUAGGGUACGUUAACUGUGGCCCCCCUCAUGCUCUCAAACAGACUCCUCUCUGUGAAAGGUUUUCUUCCCCGGUGCCUCGAUUUUUAGUUUCACCCACGACGGAUCUGAAAAGGCAGGUCGUGCAGAGAGCACUUUGAAUUGGCAAGCCCUUUCCUGCUUUGUAAGCGAGGGGUGCGUGUGUGUGUUUGUGUGUGUGUGUAUGUGACCAAAAUGGCCGUCACCAGACUUGGUGGGAACAGAAACCACAAGAGGGAAGCUUGAUCACAUUCUGACUAGAAUAUACUUUAAGAAAUCUGAGACUUUAUUUAUUGAGUUCGAUACGUGUGUGUACAUAUAUUAUUGUCGAUGACGGGGGAGGAGAAAUGAGAUUUUUAUUUUUGCCUCAUUGUGAGAUUUUACAUGUUAAAUGUCAUUUUGCAUUCAGUGGUUAUGUUUGGGUUUCCUUUUUUGUAAAUCAGUUUGGGGGAAGGGGGUCACUCCGAACAGCAAACCUUAUUGUUGUUUGUAUUUUUGCAGCCAAACACGCCGCUUAGCCCCGACAUCAGCCAAAUUUUUUUUUCUCAUGGGAAACAAUGUUGUAUAUUUUCUAAUCAUCACAAUGCAUGUUUUUUCACAGAACCGCACACACUCCAGAUAUAUUUUACUGUAACUUCUGAGGAGAUUUUAAGGAAAAAUCUUUCCUGAAACUCUUAAAUGUUGUGUCUUGUGACAGAUUUUUUUCUUUGCCUGAUUUCUAGCAGAACCACAGUGGUGUUUCAUAGAUUUUGUUUUAGUGAUGUACAACAUGAAACAUAAGUCAUUCAUCAGGUUUUGUGUUUGAAACCAAAGACAAACAGCUGCUCUAUAGUCUUGUUAUUUCUGCGAAGACAUCUGUGGUAGGGAUUGAGUUCC